AUGGACUUGACUCUUCUACGCCUUUUGGGGUUCUCAAUCCUGCUGCGAUAUGUUCCAGCGACAGCUGAGAAACUGGCCAAUUCUACUAUAGAUCUUCGCAUUGUUGGUGGCCGUUACCCUAACGAAGGUCAAGUGGAAGUCCGUCUACCCGGCCAGGAAACAUGGGGUUCAUACUGCUCCGUUGAUCUAAAGUGGACGUACACUGCAGGCCGCGUCCUAUGUCGUCAACUGGGUUACCCCACCCUGUACGCGAUCAGCAACACGGCAGAGUUUGGCAGGGCCACCGGUCCGAUAUGGCUGCAGGAGAUCGACUGUUCCGAGACCCUUACAUCCCUGGAGGAAUGUUCCCUAGAGCUGUGGACACCGAGAUACUACGGGUGCGAUCAUAGACACGACGUUGGGAUCAAGUGUUUAACAGGUGGCAUCCAGUUGGUUGAUGGAAGGAGAGAGAACGACGGGAAAGUAUUGUUGCAUCUUGGGGGCGCCGAGUGGGCUUCCCUUCGGUACUUCGGUACUACGGAACGGAACCGCGUCUCUGACUACAUCUGCCGAUACCUGGGCUACCCAUUCGCAGUUGGGCCAACCCAGUUCCAGGCGGACGAUGAAAGUCAGGCUGUCAUUUGCAACUAUAACCAUUGUAAAGGGAGUGCCACGAGCAAUGAUUUCUUCGAAUGUCUUGAUGAGAUGCCAUUGAGGUUUUGCCGAGAUGAGGACAAAAGGAACACUUCGCUGCUUGGAGUAGCGUGCGUAAAAGAGGAUGAAGUGCUGCCACCGACUGCAUCUCCGGAGUUUCGGUUGAGCCCACCUGACACCCGUUGGAAUGGAUCACGGCACGUAGGGUUUCUGGAGGGCCGCUACAAUGGCUCCGACUGGAAGACAGUUUGCAUUCACCUGACGUGUCUCAGUGAUAAUGAAAAUGGCUUCGCUGACCGGGCCUGCCGCUACCAUGGCUAUCCCCGGGCCUCGUACUGGGAACAGAUACCGUCCGCAGAGUCUAACCACCCAAGCAACGGAGAUGAUCUCAUCCUGAGAGUCACAUAUCUCGGCGAAAGGCGAUGGAUGUAUGGAAAGAACUCUUGCCGUGACCACAAUUACAAUCAAAUUGUCUUCGAAUGCGAUCAAGGCGUGACUAUGUAUGGUUUGACGGUGUACCCUUGUUCAACACAAUCAUGCAGUGGACGAUGUGGAAGCCCUGCUACUGAGACACAAUGUGGUUGUGAUGCGUUGUGUGCGCUUUGCAACGAUUGCUGUCAUGAUUACUCCACGCGGUGUCACUUGCAGCAACAAAAUGUCACAGAGAAAUUUUUGCUGGUCGCAUCGUUACACGACUUCUUGUCAUGUGUCAUUGUCGAUGACGAACGCGCGGUGCUCGUGCAGGGAUGUCCUACAGAUUGGCUGGAUGAUGAGGUUGAGUUAUGUCAAAAUGAUUCCAUGUCAGAGAAGGUGAAAUACGGAGGAUUCUUUCAUGAUGUAUAUUGCGCGAUAUGUUAUUAUAACGAGUCGUGCGUCAUCACCACGAAGCUUGUUGAAUAUAAAUAUUCCCGCUAUAGCUCCGACAUUAGUUCCCUUGAAUACGAUUCAGAAAACGGAGAAAGCCCUGACAUUAAUUACAGUAGCUAUAAUUUUGGAAUUGACAACUGUAGUGCGUACAACGUUAGUUUGGCGAUUCAGUCUGGUUGCCGCGCAUACUCGGCGAUGGUAGUUGCAUCGGAUGGGCGAGUAUACAAGAAUCCGCACUGCGCGUUUUGUAACGGAGUGAACUUUUCCGGGUGGGACUACGACUGUUCAAUUUCUCCGGGGUGUUCCGCUGUUCUCAAUACGUUUAUCCUUCUUGGCAGAAUAGCUAUUCCUUGGGUUCCAGAACAAUCUACAGACUUCGGUUUACUGAGUAAUGCAUAUUGCUUCAACAAGCAGUACGUGAUACGCGUCAAAUCAUCUGUCAACUUGCACGCUUCUGGGGUGAAGACCAUGACUCAGUCCCGGACAUCAGGAAUGAUGCAGUGCUACCUUAUCGUCCUUAGCCAGCAGAAUGUCCAAUCAACAUGGCCGUUUUAUGUAGCAUUUAUUGAGGGUAAGCUGGUUUCCGUGUGGGAAGAUGUCACCUCUGAAGUGACCACGUUGAAUCUUGGUAACGUUACUGAUUUUGAGGCCUUGCUUGAUGAUAGCGCGUUACCAAAUAACGAGGAAAGCAGUUUCAACAAAUGGGUUGUAAGGUGCGGAGUCGCCCAGGUGGAAUUCGAUGAAAUAUGCGGCUUGGUCGAUGAUCACAUUGAGCCGUGCGAAAAUUCUUUAUACAUAACGAAUGAGGAGAUGUUGAAAGCCUUUAAUUUCAGUGGCAUCCAGGUUGUUUAUGUUGGUGGAGGGCUUCUCGUUGAGGCAAAGUGGGUGUCGUACACUCGGUCCUAUCAAUACCAACCACAGGUCCAGAAUACCUCGGCUAAAAGCAACACUGUAAAAGUGUGUGGUGAACCUUUCUUGAACGAGGAGUGCCGAACGCCUCUUAUUCAGACGACGAAGCUGGUGAGCUCAGGUGGUGCAUCAGUGGUACAAUACCAGAAUAAAUUAUUCUUAGAAGGCCGUGUGGUGUACUUACCAGACGAUCGGAUCCUUAUCUGUUCCAGCAUCUUCACAACCGUGGACCCACUGUACGUGGUGAGUUGCGUGUCUUACAGCUUAUCGACGGUUGCCCUUGUUGCAACUUUUACUACCUACUGUGUGUUCCCAGCCCUGCGGAAUGUACCGGGUCGAGCCAUUAUGGGGCUGACUGCUGCUUUUUCUACGGCUCAGCUGCUGACUCUUACUGUAUUACAAUUCACCGAGCCCGUGGCUUUCUGUGUGACCAUAGCUGCACUGUUGCACCUCCUUUGGCUGUCCACUUUCGCUUGGAUGAACGUUCUCGCCUUCGACCUGGUGAGAACCUUCUCUUCUAAGCAGACAUGCCGCCCUAACAUGCGUGUCUUCUUGGUCUACAGUGUUUAUGGCUGGGGCUUACCUCUUCUGAUUGUCGCGACGUGCCUCUUGAUUCACUUCGUCUGGGACCAGCAACUCGAUUUUCGAUACGGUGUGGGGCCGGGGGAAGAUACCUGCUGGCUAUCGGGACAGCACGCCAUUGUAGGCGCCUUUGUUGCUCCCAUUGCAUGCAGCCUGGUCGCUAACGUCGUCAUGUUUGGUUGGACGGUGCGUAGCGUGCAUGCAUCGGUUGUUGCUGGAGUUAUGGUGCGUGCUGACAAAUCCCGUACCAAGGAGAAAGCCAGAGAACUCUGGAUCUAUCUCAAAAUUUCUGCUGUCAUGGGGUUCACGUGGGUGUUCGGUUGCCUUGCCAACCGCAUCAACCACGUGGUCCUCUGGUAUCUUUUCGUCAUCCUCAACUCUCUGCAGGGGGUCUUCAUCUUUGUCUCAUUCGGCUGCAACCGCCGCAUCCGGGCUCUCUGGAGGGAGAAGCUGGUCGCUAAGCAACCACGCGGGACCUCCGACACCAAAACGCGGAAAACUCAGAGCGCGUCUGUGGUGUCGAAGCAAAGUGGUUCCCGUGUAUAAACGAAGAUAAUAGGUGGAUGGGAUGUUCACUCUCUGCGGUUCUGCAUGCACCUCUUUCCUUAUUAUAAGCAGCUCCUCACAAGUCUGAACAAGCCUAGUAAAGGGCAGACAUUCUAUUCAACGCAGUUAACAAAACAAUUAGAAAAUAACAUUUUUUUUUCUGAAUUUGUAUUGAAUUUGGGGUUUGGUGUUUUUUAAUCGCGUGAUUUCCAAACUACGUUUCCCGUUUUAAUCACACCUCGAACUUAUCUAUAAAUCACAUGAACAAAGUAACGCGAUCCCCGAAGGUUAUAGUAACUAGUGUAAAUAACUUUUAUAAUGACCACUUACUCACUUUACCGAAUAGCAGGUUUUCAACUCGUAAAUGUGUGGUGUUUAGGAUAGAAGAUCAUUUCGCUUUCGAAACACCAAUAUUUGUAACUUAACAGGCACCAUUGAAUCACUGGUAAAAAUCACCUUAUUGUCACUGAAUAAUCAUCUAUGCAUGUAACUGCUCUAUAUAACGUGUUAAAUUGUUGU